UUCGCUAACGAUGACAGACAGUUCACCAGGUGGGAACUUGAGGCCACCUACCUGUUUUUAAGUCACCGUGUGAGGUGCAUCUGGUCCAGCUGCCACGUAACAAGGCUGGUUAAUGUAAUGGUGUCUGCUAGCUUUCUAACCUGACUGCUAGCUGCAAAGCCACUGUAACGCUACAUUGAGCCAUUGUGCACAUCUUUCUGGAGGCAAACAAACUAACACAGCCCGUAUCCCAUCAUGGCAGAUGAUGAUUUCACCACUGCAGACUCUGGGGCCUCUACAACUUACCCCAUGCAGUGCUCUGCACUGAGGAAGAAUGGCUACGUCAUGCUGAAGGGACGUCCUUGUAAGAUCGUUGAAAUGACUACUUCCAAAACUGGCAAGCAUGGGCAUGCCAAGGUUCACCUGACUGGAAUUGACAUCUUUACCCAGAAGAAGUUUGAAGAUAUCUGCCCUUCUACACAUAAUAUGGACGUUCCAAAUGUCACAAGGAAAGACUUCGAUGUAAUUGAUGUCACUGAGGGUUUCUUGACCCUGAUUGAUGACAAUGGGCAAACCAGAGAAGAUCUUAGAGUGCCUACAGGUGAUGUGGGAAAAGACAUUGAGAAGAAGUUCAGUGAUGGAGAAUCAUUUAUGGUUACUGUGAUGCGAGCUGUGGCUGAAGAGCAUGUAGUUGCCACCAAGGCCUUGAGUUCUUGACCAAAAGUCCAUGACAACGCUGGAGACCUCACACUCCUAUCUUCUGUAAUGGUUUUGAGGCUUCACCAAAGCUUACUGGCCUUCACCCCACUUCUCCACCAGUUUCCCUGCUGGUCAACUGAAAUCUGGAAACUGGACUGGGUCAGAUUCUGCAGCUGUAGCUCAGGCUCAGGGCUUACUGGUGUUCUCUUCAAUCAAUGAAGUUCUCCACCUUUAACCAUCACAGCUUAACUUUGCAAUGGGUGCCAAUAUUCAAGCAAUCCAUAACAUUCCUCUUACAGCAUGGGUAAUAUGCUUUUUUUUUUUUUUAAAUUACUUCAGUAAUCAUUCAUAUUGACCAGUUUACCUGAAUGGAAUGUGCACUUCUUCAGUUGGCUGUGAACAAAUGAUCAUUUACUAUUGAGAUGUUCUGCUUUACCUUCAACUUAAACUCCCCCUUAAUAUGAUUUUAGCUCCACUAGCUCUACUCUGCUCUAAUUCAGAGAACCUAAUGACAGUAACUUCAUUGAUGGCUGAAAUAUUACUUUCUGCUUUUGACAGUUAACUCAUUUGCAUUAACAUGCACACUUAAAAAUGCCAUAUAUACAUAACUCACCAUCCAUGAAUUUAUGAGAAUGACGAAAACCUCUGCAUGUUAAAUGCAGAUCUAGCAGAAAAGCUAGAUCUGCAGGGAACUCUCUUGUCUCUGCCUGCCAUUGUGAACAGAACAGGUUUGGACAAGGGGGCUAAGGUGGGUUAAUUUUCUCUUCUAUGCUAUAAAACUUUUUCCUUGUCACUUGAGGCCUUUUUAUGAGCUGACAAAUGUAUAGAAAAUUAUUUUGAGAGAACAAAAUACUGAAUAGAUUAAUAUUAGCUGAAAACACUCUUGAAGCUUAAUUUCAACAAUUAAACUAUUCAAAACAAAUUUUGCAUCAUCCCAAUGCUAAA